AUGUUUUUGCAAUGCACUCUUUUAAAUACAAUAACAAUCAAAUUGCUCGACGUCCCUGUGUGAUCCAAUCAGUACUCGAUUUAUGUUCCAAAGGACAUAUCAAUGACGCUGUUAAUUCUCUCCAAAUUUUGUCAAGUAAAGGUCUACGUUUAGACACUAAAUCUUUAGCUUUUAUAUUACAAAAGUGUGCUGAUCACAGAUCAGUAAAAGAAGGCAAAUGGGUCCAUUUACAUAUGAAUGUUACGGGUCGAAAAAGACCCGGUACAUUCUUGUCAAAUCAUUUGAUUCAUAUGUACUUGGAAUGUGGCAAUUGGGUCAGUGCACGUAAGGUGUUUGAUGAAAUGUCUGUGAGAAAUUUGUAUUCUUGGAACAAUAUGAUUUCUGGGUAUUCUAAGUUAAGGAUGAUGAACCCAGCUCGGAGUUUGUUUGAUCGAAUGGAGGAGAAGGAUGUUGUGACGUGGAAUACGAUGAUAAUAGGUUAUGCACAGGUUGGGGAGUGUGAUGAGGCAAUGAAGUUUUAUAAAGUAUUGAGAAUGUUGGAUAUUGGUGUUAAUGAGUUUAGUUUUUCUGGGGUGUUGACGGUUUGUGUGAAAAGAAAGGACUUUUGGCUUACGAGACAAGUGCAUUGCCAGGUUUUUUAUGUUGGUUUUUUGUCGAAUGUGGUUCUUUGUAGUUCGGUUAUUGAUUGUUAUGCAAAAUGUGGAGAGAUGAAUGAUGCUAGAAAGUUAUUUGAUGAAAUGCCGAAUAAAGAUAUUCUUGCUUGGACUACUAUGGUUUCGGGAUAUGCUAAAUGGGGUGACAUGAAAUUGGCUAGAGGGUUAUUUGAUGAUAUGCCAAAGAAGAAUCCAAUAUCUUGGAAUGCGGUAAUUUCUGGUUAUACAAGGCAUGGUUUGGGGUGUGAAGCUCUUGAGUUGUUUGCGGAGAUGAUGGUUAAACGUGUUAAACCUGAUCAGUUCACUUUUAGCAGUGCUUUAUGUGCUUGUGCUAGUAUUGCUUCUAUAAGAGUUGGUAAGCAAAUUCAUGGAUUUAUGAUUAGAACGUAUUUCGCACCAAACACUAUUGUAGUUGGCUCUCUCAUUGACAUGUAUUCUAAGUGUGGAAAUUUAGAACUCGGGCUGCGAGUUUUUAAGAUCACGGAUUGUAAGCAUAACACGAUGCUAUGGAACACCAUGAUAUCUGCCUUAGCGCAACAUGGUCAUGGAGAAUCAGCAAUGGAGCUUUUCUCCUACAUGGUUGAAUUACAAGUACCCCUAGAUAGAAUUACGUUUGUCAUAGUUCUAAAUGCAUGUAGUCAUUCGGGCCUUGUACAAAAGGGGCUGCACUUUUUCAACACGGUAAUGCAUGAGCAUAAUAUUAUUCCCGAUCAGGAACAUUAUGCAUGUUUAGUUGAUCUUUUGGGUCGAGCAGGGUGUUUUGAUGAGCUGGUAAAUCAGUUAACAAAGAUGCCUGUUAAACCUGAUGCUCUUGUUUGGAAAGCUUUACUGGGGGUCUGUAGGCUCCAUGGGAACUUAGAAUUAGGAAGAAAAGCUGCUGAACGUUUAAUUGAGUGUGAACCUCAGUUGUCUGUAGGGUAUGUUUUGCUAUCAGGUAUAUAUGCUGCAUCCGGGAAGUGGGAUUCUGUAGCGAAAGUGAGAAAACUUAUGAACGAAAGAGAUGUGAGUAAAGAUGCAGGAAUUAAUUGUUUAGAAAAUGAGAACAAGUUUCAUGCUUUUACGGUAUCAGACAAGUCACAUACUUCAAAAGACGAAAUCGAUUCAGUUUUGGAGAUUUUAGCUACUCAAAUGGAAAAGGAUGUAUCCUUUCUUGAUGCUUGAAGGGUUGCUUCUGGUAGACUAUGGGCUAGUGUGAGGGUAAUAAACUCGGGCCAUGACAGGGUUGCUUCUGGUAGACUAUGGGCUAGUGUGAGAGCUUGCAGCUGCUCGAUGGAGUCAUUUCCUGGAAACUUGACCUCUAUUCUAUUACAUCAUGACUUGUGACAUGAACAAAAGUUAACUAAUGAGUGGCAAUCUUGAUAAAACUAUCAAUAUUUAGUUACAUACGUGAGUCACAUGACAAAAUGUUAAAUUGAAAGAAAUCUCGUGAAAUGGGAAAGCUGUAAUCAAAUACAAGAUCAAACUGAUGAAUCUACAACUAGUACUUGUGUAUUUUUCUUUUUCUAUUUCUGCCA